UUAUUAGUCUAGUUCGAGGAACUCAACUGGCAAGAUGUCGAGGUCUGGAAUAAUAUAUGUUCUUCUGCUGCAAGUGGUGCUUAACUCUGGCAAACCCCUGCCAGCAGGUGUCUACGAUCCGGAGGAGGCAGGUGGAUUUGUCGAGGGUGAUAUGAUGCUAACGGAGGAGCAACAAAGAAAUCUGGAGCAGGGUGCUCCCAAGGCUCGCAAUGGCCUUAUCAACACGGAAAAGAGAUGGCCUGGAAAUGUGGUGGUCUACAGGAUAUCAGAUGACUUUGACACGGCGCACAAGAAGGCCAUCCAAACUGGCAUCGAUACCUUGGAGCUGCACACUUGUUUGAGGUUUAGGGAAGCCACCGAUGAGGAUAAGGCCUAUUUGACGGUUACGGCCAAGUCUGGAGGAUGCUACACUGCCGUCGGCUACCAAGGUGCCCCGCAGGAAAUGAAUCUGGAAAUAUACCCGCUCGGCGAAGGCUGUUUCCGGCCCGGAACGAUCCUGCAUGAGUUUAUGCACGCCUUGGGAUUCUAUCACCAACAGAGCUCGUCCAUUCGAGAUGAUUUUAUAAACGUGAUCUACGAAAACAUAGUGCCGGGCAAGGAAUUCAAUUUCCAAAAGUAUGCCGACACAGUCGUGACCGAUUUCGAAGUUGGUUACGACUACGAUAGCUGUCUUCAUUAUCGACCAGGAGCCUUCUCUAUCAACGGCGAGGAUACUAUAGUUCCCCUAGAUUCCAGUGCGGUAAUUGGACAGCGAGUGGGUCUUAGCUCCAAGGACAUCGAUAAGAUCAACAUUAUGUACAAGUGCCCCAUUUUGCUGUGAUCCAAAAUCAGGUAGACUAUGUACUUGGUCAAUUGUGAUAUGUAUAUAUAUUUAUUCAUAUAUCAGCCACCGACUGACGCGAUUAGAUCGGUUUUAUUGAUCUACGCUGCCAUUGUCACCGCGGUCUGAACUAUUUAUAAAGAAGCGUAAAUUAAAGCCAUACCCCUUAAUGACAUUGUCUCAGAUAAUUUCUUAUCGGCAAAGUACAAAAUUCAGGCGGGGGAAGAAACUAUCAGUGUUUCAGGUUUUACUGCACGGAAAUACAGGCCCAAACCGCAUUUCGUGUGCCCAUGUGUCGAGGUCUAGUAAUUGCGUGCUGCUAAUGCGAUUUAUAUGCGAGAUGCAAAUGUCUAGCAAGCAUCUGCGCCCAGGGAAUGGAGGACACGUCCUGGCAGCUCCAGGACCUCGGCGCAGGCACUCAAUUCUCACAUUUUGACAGCGCUUGUUAGACCAUAAAUUCGAUUCUCGUUCGUUUCAACGACACGGUUUGCCCUCUUCCAUGCACCUCCCAUCCCGAACAUCCAGCAAUAUCUUCCUAUGCGCAUUGUUUCAUCCGAAAUUAAGAAAAGACCUCAGGAGCCGGUUGCGAGCAUGUUUGGGCAAAAUUACCAUAUACCAAGAGCAGCGGCAAAUUUUCAAAGGCUUAUGCAUCGCAAAAUUAGAAUUCACAAGAUGGUGAUCGAUGCAGUUUUAGACACAAUGUUUUUAAGACGAAAACUUUGAUAGCUU